GUUUAUGUUCAAAGGGAAGAGUGUUUCUUUCCACUUUUUUGUAGUUUUUGAAAAAGCACCUUUACCCUAAACAUACACGAAAGAUCAACAACACGGCCUGUGUUUUAAACUUUAUACAAGCAUAUUAGAACACAUCGCUCUUGGGGAAAGAGUCCGUGAGGGGUACUAAGUGAGAUUUGCCGAGUUAGUCCGAAAGGAAUCCAAGAAUAAGCAUAGUAAAUUCAUUACGAAUGGAAAAGGACUUUUUCAAUCGUAAUAUUCUAGACUUCGCUUCUUAUGAGGAGUACUUAGACCAGCAGGUGACCACAGAGGAUUUGUUUUACCUCGAGGAUCGCGAUGCCGCUCGCAAAGUGGUUGAACUCGGCUACAAAGGUAAGGAUUUUCUUAGUCGGGAGGAGUUUGAGGCGGCGCGUUUAAUAGCCCUUAACGGACCAGAAAAACGCAGGGAGAGCGCGGAGGUAAUCCUAAGCGCCUCUCGGACCUUUGAGGAGGGCUCCCUUCUGGAUGCUAUUGCAAAACGCGAAGAGCUCAUACGUACUGGCAAGCUUUCGACCAUCUUGUUUAUUCGCGAUUAUGUGAAUGGACAGGAGGUGUCAGCCUAUAUCGAUCUCGCGCACCGCUUUCAUACGGAUAACUUCGAAGAGUACUUUGACGGAACGAAGCGGCUGCUGCCAAAGCGUAGUGAUCUUAGCUACUACAACUGGAAGACUCACACACUGUACUACAACAACAGCAACUCAUUUCAGGUGAUAACAGAAAGUGGUUUUGGUUUACUGAUGAAGCAUAAAAGGGAUCGAAAGAUUAUGGUCAUGGAUCCUAAAGCACCCACACCAGGUGAUAGUAGCAACCGUACGGUAUAUCACUGCAAAGACUACCUACAGGUUACGAUUUACGACCACGUGACCAGAUUUAAGAGCUAG